AUGACUUCGCCCUUGGACCAGCUCGUCAAGGGCGCUCCGUCGUCUGCUGCCCGCGCUCCCACGCCAGAGCCGUUGAGAGCACCAACAACGUCGGGCCCUUCGUCCCCGCAACGGCCCUCAACACCAGAUCCUCUAGCCACUUUACCUUCGUCUCCUCCUCAAAUUUAUUUGAAUCUCCUGAUUCUUGAAGCAUCACUUCGUGCACAAUACCUCGCCUUGCGCGAGCGUCGCCGCCAAAACACCUUCUUCCUGCUGCUCCUUGCGGCGUGGAUCGCCUACUUUGCAUAUGCAUUGUUCCUGCGUCCCCGCGAAGACGGGCGCGGUGUCGGUGGCUCGGUAUACUGGAUGGUUGAAAUGGGAGAGAAAGUUGCGCUGCUCGGCGGCGUAGUGACAGCCCUACUGGUUUGGGGAACAGGGCAAUGGGAGCGCGGAAUCCGCUGGCCUCGUCGGUGGCUCGCCGUUACUAACCGUGGCCUGCGCGUCAUGAACACCAAGAUUAUCGUGAUCCGUGGGCCCUGGUGGCAGGAAAUACUCUCCUACGUGUCCUUCCUCUUCCCUUUUUCCGCCCCGUUCUUCCCUUCUCCCUCAGGCAACUUCCACCUCGUCGAGCGUCAUCCGUCCGAUAAGCAACGUAGUCGGCAGCACUACCAGCAAUAUUAUAAUGGCGGUGACAGCGAGUCCGGCCUGGUGGAGGAAGACCUCAGUGCUGGUGGUGACUACAUACGACUACUUUUGUUACCCAAAUCGUUCUCCCCCGAGUUCCGCGAGAACUGGGACGACUAUCGUACCGACUUCUGGGAGAAGGAGAAUGAGCGCCGAGCUCAGCUGCGUCACAAACUGCGCGAGCGCGAGCGCCAGCUUGCUCAGGCUGAGGGCGGUUGGUUCUGGCGUAUUGGAUUAGGCUGGCGCGCCUCACAGCGCCGCCGCCUGGUGUCAGCCACCCUCCACAAACCUCUUGAAUCGGAGCCGAAAUUCCGACCUGGCGCUCAUCACCAUCAUGCCCCAUCUGUCUCAUCAAAGCUCAAUCAGGAGUAUCGCGCACCCUCUCACCGCCGCAAUACCCGCUCCGAAUCAUCUCACUCUCGGACCUCCUCGCACAGUUCCACCCCGGUCGAUGUUGAUGACCGUCCUCCCUCCCGCUCCUCUGCAUCUGGCCGUCCCCGCCGUGGAAGCACCACUCCCUCGAUCUCAGGCCCAGAGGUGAGCCCUCAACAACGGAAGCGCAAAGGUUCCAAAACGCUACGUCGUGGGUUGUCGCCUCUGACGCAAGCUCAAAUCCGGGAGGGUGUUCGCACGCCAUCUUUUUCAUCGGACGAUUCUGGUAUAUUGCCGAUGGGAGAGAAGGACAAGGAGUCUAUCCCUACUUCUGCACCUGAUCCGGACCCCUCAAAUUAG